UCAAAGCCAGUUGCCUAACCAUUUGUCAGUGGUGAGCAAGCAUUUAGCGUCUGGGGCUGUCUCAUGUGCAUCUGCGUUUGAGGUCCGCAGGCGACAUUCGCCGGGCCCGGGUGUGAUUGGCUGUCGCGUGAGGGGCCCACCGUGAGCGGAGAGCCGAGUCUUUCUGGCGCGGCACCGCCCCCCACCGGCGGGGUCCGCGGCGCGGGCAGUCAGAGGACGGCUCCCCGGCAGGGCCACAGCUGCGAAGGCAUGCUGGUCACGGCCAGGUCCUGAGGCCAGCGGCAGAACAUGAUCAGAGAGCAGAGAGAGCUGGGAAGGCCAAGGGAGGCUUAAAAAUAGCCCUCCUGGGGUGCAGAGUGUCAGGGGAAAGCAUGUGAGUGGAAGACUAAGGAGUUGAACUUGAGCCAUUUUUAGUUCGACUGCGUCCAGGACAGUCUGCACGGCCGUUGCUCUGUGCUGUGUGUUGGGCACGCUCUUCCACGUCAGUUCAGCCAGCGCCUGCCAGACGCUCUGAUGGCUGACUAGCACGGCUACUUUGCAAAAAGGGAAAACGUGAACAUAUUUGCAUUCAGGCAUACAGUAUAUAAUUUUCUGUGAACCAGCUGAAUUGAGCCGUGCCGCGAAGAUGUGUGGCCGCGUGCUGACGCUACUGCGGUGCCUGAUGCGGAGGAAGGCGGUGAACGCGGACAGCCCGGAGGACUCGAAGCUGUGCCGCUGCCUGUCCACCCUGGACCUGGUCGCCCUGGGCGUGGGCAGCACGCUGGGGGCGGGGGUGUACGUGCUGGCCGGGGAGGUGGCCAAGGGAGACGCGGGGCCCAGCAUCGUCCUGUCCUUCCUGAUCGCCGCGCUGGCGUCGGUCAUGGCGGGCCUGUGCUACGCUGAGUUCGGGGCCCGCGUGCCGAGGACCGGCUCCGCCUACCUCUACAGCUACGUCACGGUCGGAGAGCUGUGGGCCUUCAUCACCGGCUGGAACCUCAUCCUGUCCUAUGUGAUAGGAACCUCUAGCGUAGCGAGAGCUUGGAGUGGCACUUUUGACGAACUUCUAGGCAAACGUAUUGGACAGUUCUUCAGUAGCUACUUCCACAUGAACUCACCCGGCUUGGCUGAGUACCCAGACUUCUUUGCAGUCUGCCUCAUACUGUUGCUCUCGGGUCUUCUUUCUUUCGGAGUGAAGGAGUCCGCCUGGGUCAAUAAAGUAUUCACAGCUGUGAACGUGCUCGUACUUGUGUUUGUCAUCAUCUCGGGAUUUGUGAAGGGCGACCCAGAGAACUGGAAGAUAGCAGAAGGAUACCUUAUUAAUGUCACUGCAGCGACACGAAACCAGUCUUUGGCAGACAACAUCACCAGUGACUAUGGUGUGGGUGGCUUCAUGCCCUAUGGACUUGGAGGGACAUUGGCAGGAGCAGCUACUUGUUUUUAUGCCUUUGUUGGUUUUGACUGCAUUGCAACAACAGGUGAAGAGGUGAAGAACCCUCAGAAGGCCAUACCUAUUGGCAUCGUCGUCUCUCUGCUGGUGUGCUUCCUGGCCUACUUCGGCGUCUCGGCAGCUCUCACCCUUAUGAUGCCGUAUUACCUCCUGGAUGAGAAGAGCCCCCUGCCCGUAGCCUUCCAAUACGUAGGCUGGGGUCCGGCUAAGUAUGUUGUGGCCGUGGGGUCGCUUUGUGCCCUGUCGACGAGCCUGCUUGGCUCCAUUUUCCCAAUGCCUCGUGUAAUCUAUGCUAUGGCCAAGGACGGGGUGCUUUUCACAGCGUUAGCCCGAAUCAAUCCUAAGACGAAGACCCCAGUUAUUGCCACCAUGACUUCUGGUGUAGUCGCAGCGGUCAUGGCCUUCCUGUUCGACCUCAAGGCCUUGGUUGACAUGAUGUCAAUCGGCACUCUCCUGGCGUAUUCCUUAGUGGCAGCCUGUGUCCUCAUUCUCAGGUACCAGCCCGACGCGGUGUACGAGAAGCCGAGGUUCAACCCGGAGAAAGAGGGUCUGACCACGGCGCAGGGGGACUCCGAGAUCACCGAGUCCGGAUCGCGUCUCGACGUGCUGAAGGACGAGGGCUUCACGCUGCAGACGGUCCUGAACCCGUCUCACGUGCCCACCGCUCAGUCAUCCACUGUGGUCGACAUCGCCGUCAGUGUUAUCGCUGUUGUGGUCUGUGUGCUCAGCACACUCACCACGUAUAAAGGGCAGGCUGUUCUGGCCAUGGAGUCCUGGAUCCUGGGCCUGCUGGCUGUGUCCCUGAUGGUGCUGAUCGUCUGCGUCCUCGUCAUUUGGAGGCAGCCUCAGACUCAGAAGAAGGUCUCUUUCAUGGUGCCUCUGCUGCCAUUUCUGCCUGUUGUCAGUAUAUUUGUCAACGUUUACCUCAUGGUCCAGCUGAGUGGGGAUACCUGGAUUCGCUUUUCCAUCUGGAUGUGUGUUGGCUUCGUGAUCUACUUCGGCUAUGGAGUGAGACACAGCGUGGAGCGCAAGCGUUCUGAAGAAGACGAGGACUCGGUUCCUUGCGAAACGCCGGAGGAGAAGAAGGCGGAGAAGGCAGAUGAUGAGGACCUUGUGGACGAAAGUGACCAGUUCAUCCUGCGAGAAAAGACGAGCGCAUGCUAAGUGUGGAGAGCCUGUUACUGACUGGCACGAAUGUACCUCCUGUCUCUGCCAGGGCCUGAAUUCCUCAGGCAGACAUUUGUAUUAG